AGUACUUGACUUUGCAACCUCAGUAAUGUUCUUUUGAUAUAGUUUUUUGUGUCUAAUUUAUUUGCUUUUUUAAAAAGCAAACUGAAAAACAAAAACUCAUGUUGACACUCAGCUGAGUCAUCAACAAGGUUCAAUGCUUUAGAUUGAUCUAUGAACCUCUGCUACUUGAACUAAUGAAGUAACUGAUGUCAGUAGUAGAUUUUCAUCCUCUGUGUGGAUCAACACUAAAGGGUAAUGAGAGAGAGAGACUUGUCCAGUGGAUUAUAUAGCAGAGGAGUGGUGAGACUCAGGAAUCUUGGAUUUUAUUUCAGGCUGUGGUGGGGAGUGUUCUCUAGAGGGUUCAGACACUUCUGCCCAUUCUCUCGAAGCUUGACCUCUUCUGGCCAGUCCCGUCCAGUCUAUUCCUUUCCCAGUCCUGUUUCUUCUCCACUCUGUCUCCUUGUCCCAGUUCCGAGCUCCACUCUUCAGGUUUCUCAUCCGAGUACCCUUGCACAGACAGUCCUAGUCUCCCUCCUGGUAUUGCUGUCCAAGUCCCUAUCUCCGCAACUGGUCCCAGUUCCCCCCUCCUGGUUCAUUGUUUGAUCUGUGUCUCCCAUUGAAUCCUAGUCUUAGGCCUUGGCUACACUUGCAAGUUACAGCGCAGUAAAGGAGCCCUGGGUGCACUAACUCACUACCCGUCCACACUGGCAAGGCACAUAAAGCGCUCUGACUCCACAGAUACAGCACUGCUGGUAGUCCACCUCAGCGAGUGGAAUAACAUUUGCUGUACCCCCACUGGAGCGCUGCGGUGCCAGUGUGGAGGCCUUGGUCCUGUAGUGCGCUCUGAUCAGCCUCCAGAAGUGUCCCACAGUGCCUGAGCUAGCCACCCUGGUCAUCACUUUGAACUCUACUGCCCUGACCUCAGGUGACCAACCAUCAGACCCAUCCUUUAAAUUCUCUGGGAAUUUUGAAAAUCCCCUUCCUGUUUGCUCAUCCAGGCGUGGAGUGCUAUCAGCGAGUCUUUCCAGGUGACCAUGCCUCCAUGCCCCAGGCAAGCCCCAGUAUGGAGCAAUGGCAAGUUGCUGGACCUCAUCAGUGUUUGGGUGGAGGAAGCUGUCCAGUUCCAGCUGUGCUCCAGCCGUAAGAUUUAUGAUACCUUGGGGCAGAUAUCAAGGGACUUGAUGGAAAGGGGCCUUGACCGGGAUGCACUGCAGUGCAGGAUUAAAGUGAAGGAGCUGCGGAAUGCCUACGACAAAGCCCGUGAGGCAAACCGACGCUCUGGUGCUGUCCCUGCAACCUGCCAUUUCUACAAAGAGGUGGACGCGAUACUUGGGGGCGGCCCCACCUGCAGUCUGGGGACCACCAUAGACCCUUCAGAGCCCAGUGCAACAAGGCAGGAGGAGGAGGAGCAAAGUGGGAGCGAGGGUGCUGAGGCAGAGGAAGACACCCCGGAAUCCCUAGAUACAUGCAGCCAGGAGCUAUUCUCAAGCCAGGAGGAAGGUAGCCAGUUGCGGCAGCCGGUGCUUGGGGAAGGACAAACACCAGAGGAGGUUCCCGAUGCAAUCUUGAGAUCUCAGCUGUCCAUGUUAUCACCGGCCGAAAGACUCCAAAGAAUCAGAAAGAGGCCACGUAGAAGCAAGGAAGACAUGUUACUUGAAUGCUGCAUUACUUCAUGCAAUGAAAAUCAAAAAGUGCAGGAGUGGCGGGAGCGUGAAAGGAGGGUCCGCCAGCAGAGUGUGCAUCACCGGCACCAAAGCAUGGAGCGGCUGCUAAGCAGCAUGGAGUGCCAAGGGGACUGAAUACAGGCAUUCGUAGCAAUUCAGGCAGGGCACUACUGCGCCCCCCGGCCCUCCGCAACCCUUGUCCCAAAACUCUUUCCCUUGUGCCCCCAUGUCACCUCCCACCCACUUUCCCCAACAUCCAGGUUCUUACUGCCACCAGCUGCCUCCAACACCUGUGGCUUCACCACUCAGCCCUGAAAAUUACCACCCUUACCCACUGCACUUAACCCCCACCACCAUGCAGUAUAGCCAUCCUGAAGUGCAGCACUCAUUGCACAGCACUCCAGACAGGACAUAUGGAAAUCUGUGAUUGUACUGUUCCCCACCCCCUUGCCCUUUCUGUUUACUAAGCAGUGGUCUCUCUUUAAUAAAUGCAUUUUCUUUUUAAUAAAUGGAUUUUUUGGCUUUGAAAA